AUGGAUGAUAAAACCUCUCAUCGACUGGUGUUAAACGAGUUUACAUUAUACGAGACAAAAACGAUUGAUCGAACAACUCCAACGGAUCCAACAGAGCUUAAUGUGAUAGAUGAUGAUGUAAUUUAUUCAAAACAAGAAAUAACCGAUAUAUUGACAGUUCUCGAUGAAGGAAAUAGAAUUUCUGGAGGUUUACACAAAGUUGUUACUGCUUACGGGAUAGUUGGCUUCAUUCGAUUUACCGAAGGAUAUUAUAUUUCGUUGAUUACGGAAAAAAGCCCUGUCGCUUUGAUAGGCGGACAUUACAUCUAUCAUAUUGACAAUACGGUUCUUAGACCGAUUGGACCAAAUACUAGAGUAGAAAAGAAGUCCGAUGAACAAAGGCCUGAAAACCAUAGAAAAUUUUCAUACAAUGAAAUGUUUGUAUGGAAUCAUUAUUUAUUAGAAAAUGGAUUUCGUAGUUUAAAAAAGGAUUCUGACUGGAUUCUACCAAUAAUUAAUGGCUUUGUGGAUCAAUCAAAAAUCUCAAUUUUUGGAAGAAACAUUUUUGUAACAUUGAUAGCUAGAAGAUCUCGUUAUUUUGCCGGUGCGAGAUUUUUGAAACGUGGUGUUAAUGAUCAAGGUUAUGUAGCAAACGAUGUAGAAACUGAACAAAUAGUAUCUGAAAUGAGCACAACAUCUUUUAAUCAUUCGGGGAAUAGAUCAUGUAAUAAUCCCAACUAUACAUCAUAUGUUCAACACCGUGGUUCAAUUCCUUUAUACUGGUCUCAAGAUGUUGCCAACAUGAUACCAAAACCUCCAAUAACAUUAAACUUCCGAGACCCGUUUUAUUCAGCAGCUGCAUUACAUUUUGAUAAUAUGUUUCAACGUUAUGGUGCACCGAUAAUAGUUUUGAAUCUUAUAAAGACCAAAGAAAAAAAUCGUAGAGAAUCAAUUUUGGGCGAUGAAUUAGAAGAAUCAAUAAACUAUCUAACACAGUUCUUACCUGAAAAUAGUCUUAAAUAUAAAGCUUGGGAUAUGUCAAAAGCUAGAAAAGGUGAUGAGGAUGUUAUGGAUUUGAUGGAAACUUUUGCUGAAGAAUACUUGGCUGAUACAGGUUUUUUUCAUAGUGGACCAGAAGCUUCUAUAAAUGUAAUAAAAAGAGAAGAGAUUCAAGGUGUACCACAAAAUCAAAGAAUGCAUCUUCGUCAAAAUGGAGUUGUUAGAACAAAUUGUAUUGAUUGUUUAGAUAGAACAAACGCGGCACAAUUAAUUAUUGGUAAAUGUGCCUUAGGUCAUCAGUUAUAUGCAUUGGGAAUAAUUGAUCAACCAAAAGUACAUGUUGAUUCAGAUGUAGUAAACAUGUUAACGGAUAUGUAUCAUGAUCAUGGAGAUACAAUUGCAUUUCAAUACGGAGGAUCAAAUCUUGUUAAUACAAUAGAUUCUUAUCGUAAAAUCAAUCAAUGGACAAGUCAUUCCAGAGAUUUAAUUGAGAAUCUUAGACGUUUUUAUAGUAAUUCUUUUCAAGAUAGAGAUAAACAAGAUGCAAUGAAUCUUUUCCUUGGACAUUAUCCUCAAAGAGAUCAGGAUCUUCCUGCGUUAUGGGAUUUGACAAAUGAUUAUAAAUUACAUUUCAUGGAUCCUCCUAGAUUUAGAAGAGCUAGAAGAAGUUAUAUUAAUUGGUGGACAAGUGAUGCACUAAAUCAAAAAGAUGGACAACAUGAUAUUGCUCGUUAUCAAGUUGUAUCAAGAUUAUCAAGACAAUUUGAUGAGGAAGAAGAUUCUGAUAAAGGUUAUUGGAUAGAAUAUUAUGGACCAAGGUCAAUUACAUCAUUUGAAAAAUUAUUUGCUUUUACUAUGAAUAGUACAACAAAAUAUAUACCGACAAGCGCAAAUCUUUCAACUUAUGACUACAGUCCUUUCACUGUUCGAGUAAAUCCACAAGGCACAAAAGAUAUUCAUUCAUUGAUCGAAUCAAUUGUUGAAAAAAGUUUAAACCCAAGCGUUUCAUCAAGUGAAGCAAAAGAAUAUAAACAGUACAUUAGUCAAAUUAAAAAUAUUUCAUUAACAUCAACACCAACAAGUGACACAGACCCAUCACUUACAAGUCAUUCAGAAUAUCAUCAUUAUGCCAACUAUGUUAAACGUGCCAAUCUUCCAAAUCCAAUAACCGACUUGAACAUUCCGGCAGAUGAAAAAGUUUAUUAUGAUUAUUUAGAAGUUCCGAAAAAAUGUGCAAUUCUACAAGCUGCUGGAUCAAAUCAUUACGCAAAUAGCGGUGUUAAAAGUAGAUAUCAAGCUUAUGAGGCGUGGCUGAAAACUGGGAAAUUGAUCGUUAGCAAUAAUAAUAGUAAAAAUAAAAUUAACACAGUCAAUAGUCUUAUUAUUAGUGGUAAUGGUAGUGGUAGUAGCAUUAUUGUUGGUAAUAAAGAUGGCGGUCUUGUUGUUAGUAGUAAUAAUAACAGUAUUCAAAAUAGAAGCAAUAGCAAUAACAAUUUUGAUCAGAUGAGAAAAGAGUUAUACAAAAUUAACGAAGUUGCUUGA